ACACGUGUGUUGUGACGUCAUCGGUCGUGAAUAUCAGUCAAGGAUUUCAUCUUCGACAUCGCUUCGAGGAGACGCAGCUUGUUUCGCUCAGUUGGAGUCCGUGGCUGGAGUGCCUGUGUUGUGGAGGUCGAGGAGGAGCUAGCAGAAUGGGGACGAUGAUGCUUAUAUAUCUCGUUAGCACUGUGUUAACGCUGGGCAUAGGCGCGUCUGCCCUCCCCGGGGAGCGCCUCCCCCCUUUCGCCUUCCAGCACGCGGCGAUGUUGGACCAAAGGGGGCAUUUCCACAUGCUCUGGACUCCGAGGGAAAAGGACAUUGCUAUUGAAAUACAGGUAGCCACACAUGGUUACGUCGGCCUCGGUUUCUCUUCGAACGGCGGCAUGAAAGGCUCCGACAUCGUCCUCGGUUGGGUGGACACGGACGGGAAGCUGCAUGCUCACGAUCGCCACGCCAUCGGUAACAUGAUUCCCUUGAUAGACGACUCCCAGGACAUCGAAGUCCUCGGAGGCUACGAGAACGAGACUCACACCGUGCUAAGGUUCGCGAGGCCCUGGAACACGUGCGAUAAGGAACACGAUUUUCACCUCACGAGCGACACCAUACGAGUCAUCUGGGCUUACUCUUACGACGACCCCGUGACCGAGUACGCGAUGACGAAGCACGACCACCGCGGGACCAAGAGCAUCUUCCUGCAGGAGCCCCACUUCGAUCUCCCGACCUUCGGCGAUGACGUCUUCACCUGGGAAGUCCGCAUGAAUAAUGUAAGCGUGUCAGGUGAAGUAGACACUGUAUACUGGUGCCAGAUGUUCAAGGCACCUCCUCUCGAGCGCAAGACACACGUCAUUGGGUAUGUGCCCAUCAUCGAACACAUAGAAAACGUCCACCACAUGCUCCUGUAUGAGUGCCACGUGCCUGAGAGCGAGAAGCACUACGAGAAGUGGCUCGAGGUCGAGGGGCAGCAGUGCUUCACGCCCAACAUGCCCUUGUCUUGGGCCAACUGCAGGAGCCCCAUUGUAGCCUGGGCUGUGGGGAGCGAGGGCGAGAUCAUGCCGGACCACGUAGGCUUCCCUCUGCGAGAAGAACACGGGGGCGCCACGUACUUCAUGAUGGAGAUGCAUUACGAUAAUCCCAACUUCCGCCAAGGCAUCGUGGACAGCUCCGGCCUCCGCCUGUUCCUGACGGAGACCCUGAGGGAACACGACGCCGGGUUCCUCGUCCUGGGCCACGCGGUCGAACCCACGCACAUCAUUCCGCCGGAGAGGCAGUGGAAGAGCGUCAGCCACUGCGACGGCGGAUGCAUAACUCAGAGUGUUCCAGCGGAGGGGAUUCACGUGUUCCAGGGCCUGCUGCACACUCACCUCCUGGGCAACGACAUCACAGUCAGGCAGAUCAGGAAUGGUCGAGAGCUUCCUGUUGUGUUCCAAGACAUGAACUACGACUUCAAUUACCAGCAAGCGAGAGUCCUGUCUGAAGAAAUGACCAUCUUGCCCGGAGAUUCCUUCCUCACCGAGUGCGGCUACGAUUCCAGGGGCAAGAAAGCGCCGACCUUCGGAGGAGAAAGCACACAAGAGGAGAUGUGCCUUGCCUUCCUCGCGUACUAUCCUCGCUCGAAAGUCAGCUGGUGCGUCUCCACUCCUGAAAUCUCCAUCAUCUACAACAGCUUUGGCAUCGAGGAAGUGUAUGAUGACGGGAGGAACUCGAUUCACCGCAAUGCUAAUUACAAACAUGACGAAGAGAGAGAAAAGAAGAUGGUGGAGGAGAUGAAGAAGAAAGCAGAGUGGGAUGGGAAGCAGAAGGCAAUUACUGUUGAUUUCACGAAGAUGUACAAGGACAUUGUGGCAAAGGCUCCGAAAGAGUUGUACAACGUGUCCAUGUACGACCUGAUCCACGACCCGAAGACCUGGCAGGACGAGCAGGCCUUAGACGCCCUACAGGAACGGGUCGUUUCCGGGAAACACGAGAUCUUUUGCACGGACAAAAGCCACAACCUUUUUGAAGGCUAUCCCCGAACCUAUGAAUACCCAGACUUUUUGGCCAUCAAGUUGCUGGACGAGGAGUGUGACGUCAGCCACGAGGCGGAGGCAUACGUGCCCGAGACUAAGCAAGAUCAAGAGCGAAACCAAGAGGAAGAGAAACCCAAGAGUGAGAUUCCCAAAGAAGAGGCAAACAGUGCAACUUCUAUGGCUAUGUCUACAUCAACCAUCAUUUUGCUUGUUUGUCUGUGUGUGUUUAGGAGAGAGUUUAUCAGCAAAUGACCUUACACUGAUAAGGGCGCUUGCCAAGAGAUGUGGCGCUGAAAGAAUCCAGUGGAAAUGUUGAUAUGAAAUAAUGUAAAUAUGCCAAGAGAAUUUUGUUUAUUAAAUUUGUGUUUUAUCAUGCGUUCUUUGAUCUAAGAAUCUUAUAGUUAUAAUAUGAAAGUUGUAAUCACCAAGUGAACCAACAUACAUGUCUCUUGAAU